AUGGAACCACGCAUCGAUCCCUACCACACCGAGCCGGACCUCAUUGUCCUCGACAACCUCUUCAAAGACGUCAAGAAUGGGGUCUGCGGCGCAGCAGCACCGGCAGGCGAGAAAUCAGCGCCAGAGAUCAUUGAGGAGAAGGCAAACGAGAUCCCCCUCGAGCGCGAAUAUGACAAGGAGACGGUAGCCCGGCUAAAGUCUUUCAACGAUCCAAAAAGCCCAGCCUUCACGCCGACCGUGUUUGUAACAUGGGACGAGAGGCACAUACCAGCAAUCAUCAAUGAAUACAUAAUACGACCGUAUACAAGGAUUGGGGUACGCAUAGUACGGCAUCCGACGGACGUAGUCUUCCUCACGCACAUCUUGACGUACCUCACGGUCAAUCUUGGCAGUGCGGUGUGGCUGUUCUACCAUUUCACCUGGUGGCAUGGGGUUGCCCAUGUCGCCUUUGCUGUGUACUGCAUGGGCCCAUUUACGCUCAUGAUGCAUAACCAUAUACACAAUGGAGGCGUUCUUGCAAAAGCCUGGGCUUGGCUGGAUCUGAGCUUCCCGUACGUUGCCUAUCCGCUUAUGGGACAUACCUGGAACUCGUACUACUACCAUCAUGUGAAACAUCAUCACGUCGAGGGCAAUGGGCCGGGCGAUCUUUCCUCCACCAUUCGGUACCAGCGCGACGAGCUGUUGCACUUCCUGCACUACCUUGGGCGCUUCAUGUUCCUCGUGUGGCUCGAUCUGCCUCUCUAUUUUCUCCGCAAGAACAAGGCUGGUCUCGCCAUGCGCGCCUGCGCGUGGGAGCUGGCGAGCUAUGCAUUCUACUACGUUGUGGCAAAGCUCCACCCUCGAGCAACUACCUUCGUGUUCCUCCUACCGCUGGUCAUCAUGCGGAUAGCGUUGAUGAUGGGCAACUGGGGCCAGCAUGCGUUCGUAGAUGAGCUUGAGCCGGACUCGGACUUCAGGUCAAGCAUAACGCUGAUUGACGUUACGAGCAAUCGCUUCUCCUUCAAUGACGGCUACCAUACGGCGCAUCAUUUGAACCCGCUGCGGCACUGGCGCGAGCAGCCUGUGCAUUUCAUUCAGGCCAAGGAGGCUUAUCGCGCCGGCCGAGCGCUUGUUUUUCACAACAUAGAUUACUUCAUGAUGACAGUAACUUUGUUGCGGAAAGACUACAAGCAUCUCGCCAGCUGUUUGGUGCCUAUGGGGGAUCAGAUUGGUAUGAGCCAGGUGGAGAUUGCGGAGAUGCUGAAGACGAAGACGCGAAAGUUUUCGGAGGAGGAUAUCAAGAAGAAGUUCAAGUAA